AUGUCGCCACACGCACAAGACACGAAUGAACAUCCGGCAGUGACCCGGUUUCGCGAAUACCUCCGCAUCGACACUCGUCAACCCACUCCCGACUAUGCCGGCUCCACAGCCUUCCUCAUCCGCCAGGCUCAGGAGAUUGACAUGCCCUACCGUGUCGUCGAGUGCGUGAAGGGAAAGCCGACGGUGAUUAUGACAUUCGAGGGCCAGGACCCUUCCCUCCCAUCUUUGUUGUUGAACAGCCACACAGAUGUGGUCCCUGUCUUCCCAGAGAUGUGGACUCAGGACCCAAUGGGCGCCAAUAAGGUCGAUGGGUUCAUUUAUGCCCGUGGUUCCCAGGACAUGAAGUGUGUUGGCAUCAGUUACUUGGAGGUGCUUCGUCGGUACCGCAAGGAAGGCAAGAAGCCUCUUAGAACUAUCCACCUCACCUGGGUCCCAGGCAAGUCUCACUUCCGCCCUUUUUGA